AUGUCGCUCAUUAAAAGGCGCCUCUUUACUUCCACUGCUUACGUGAGUUCCCAUGUGGGCUCAGCAGCUAUAUUCCUGACCCCAGAAACCAACGUAAGGAUUGACAGUUUGAUUCCUCCAAUGAUCAUUCAAAAGAGCAGAAAAUACUUGAAAAUGUCACAAGCAGUUAGUAUAACAGGACCAAAAGGUGAGAUAAAAAUGCCUGUGCCGGAUUUUGUCCACGUAGAUGUCAAUACGGCAGGUCAGAAAUUAAAUAUUACAGUUGAUGAUGCAAGUAAUAAACUGCAGAAAUCAAUGUGGGGUACAAUUAGAUCUCACAUUAAUAAUCAUGUUAUAGGUGUCAAUGAAGGUCAUCUGGCAUUUUUAAAAUUUGUAGGGACAGGUUACAGAGCACAGUUAGAUAAAGAUGGCAAGUACGUUGCAAUAAAAGUCGGUGCGUCAAUUCCUCAAGGGUUGGACGUGCCAAAUGGGAUAAAGGUAACGUUGCCAGUUCCAACCUCCUUGAUAAUUGAAGGUUGUGAUAAGCAGCAGGUGAUGCUUUUCGCUGCAAGUAUUAGAAGAUUUCAUCCACCUGAACCUUACAAAGGUAAAGGCAUCUACGUUAAUGAAGAAACGAUUAAACUGAAAAACAAGAAAAUUAAAUGA